GUUUGUAUUCUUAAUUAUUUUGUUCUUUAUCGUGUGUGGUGAUGAUGGUCGUGGUAGGCGAUGUAUGAAUUUGAAAGCCCAUCGUCUGCAUGUCAGUUAUCAUGUAAACACUCGGCAAUCCCAAGACUACCUCAACAGAUUAUGAGCACAGUAGAAAUCAACCAUGAGUCUCAUUACUGAUUGGGGAAGGGGUACCGCCUACGGGGCAGAGUACAACUGUUACAGUGUAUAAGAUCGAUGAACGUUAGUAUAGACCGUUUAUUCAAUUUGCGAAGCUUUUGUGUAUCACUAACAACGUGGAGUGCAAGUGUCCGUCAAUUAGUUCAACUCUAUUCGGGCAAAAUGCCGUUCGUGCAACCAGAAAGUUUGUCUCGAGUUCCGUGGCCGAGUAACGAAAGUAUCCACGCUGGGAGUUCUCCGAGCGGAUCUCGAAUCCACAGUCCGACAUCUCCCAACUCGUUUUCGCCGAUUUCCACCUCGCCAGACAAUACCCUCAGGAGAAGAAUACGUCGUGCUUCUAGUUUGGGAAGCGUCAUCCAGGAACCCUUCGUAAUCCGGUCGGACGCCAGAGAUUCCAGAAGUCAAAGCCCCGUACUAAGUAGCCAUGAAGAAGAAGACGAGGAUGAUUUCAUGUCAAAAAUCAUCGGCUGGUACCCUUGCUUUCUGUUUCGAAUCGCGAAGGCUAUGGUUCUUGCUAUUUUGCCUCAAACAUGGAGACAACUGAUUUUCGCCUUGCCAAUGCUCUGGAUCUCCAUGUGGAUUUGGUUGUUCACACAACUGAUUCAGCUACCUUUGACGAUUACCAAGAUUUUAUUAUCCAUGAUUUUAUCCAACAACUCUCCAAAAAAGAACAAGAAAAGGACUGUCCUGAUUAGUGGGGGGAGUACCAUCCAGGCUCUUCACUUGGCGAGAAACUUCCACUCCGCUGGAGCGAGAGUAGUGGUGUGUGAAGUGGAAGGACUUUUUUCCCUGACGAAGUAUUCAACUGCGGUAAGCAAGUUCUACACGGUUCCAAGACCUACCAGUGACCAACAACAGAAGUACGUGAGAGCUCUUUGCGAAAUCGUAGACAGAGAGCAAGCUGUCUAUUAUAUUCCAGUUGCAGCCACGACUUCAGCAUACUACGACGCUGUGGCCAAGCCUCACCUGGAACUGCUGGGAUGCUCUUGCUUUUGUCCUGGAAUCAAAGAAGUAUGGGUGUUGGACGACACGCUGGAGGUGCUGAAACGCUGCCAGAAGUUCAACAUCCCCACACCUAAUUACCACGUGGUUACCUCAAGAGAAGACGUUCACAGAUUGUACGACACCGGUACUAUAAGGAGAGGUAUUCAUGUAAUGACCACUGCUGGACCUAGAGGUCUUCGAGAACGCUCAAAGAUCUUGCUACCCCUGUCAAGGAAUGACUUGAAGCUACCCAACGACAUCAGCGAGCAGAAGCCUUGGGUGGUGGUUCAGAACCUGGAGGGCGACAACUAUCUGACGUGCACUACAGUGAAACAAUCUAACGUCAUAGCCAAUGUUACUUGCAAGAUAAGCAGCACCGAACUGAUCCCCGAAGAGAACAGAGAGAUAAACCAGUGGCUCGCAAAUUUUUUCAGUAAAAUUAAUCUGCUGAGGCCGAUAUCUGGACAUGUAAGCUUCAGGUUCGUGAAGUGCAAGGAAACUGGCACGUUGAUACCUUUGAGCAGCAGAGUGGGGGUGUCGCUGCCUUACGUUUGCUACACCACUGUUCAUCCAAGGCUGGUAUGGAGGCCUUGCAAGCAUUUCAGUCGUUCGAAUUCCGGUCCCUUGGUCAAUGGGAACGGAGUGUACAAAAUGCCGGACAGCGUAUUGAAAACUGUACACAAUCCGUCCAUAGAGAAGGUAACCAGGCUGAUUGGUACUGUCUUGGACAGGCGGGAGGCCAUAUUCGCUAUGCAUGACCCGCUACCUUACUGCGCCUAUUACCACAUGCAGUUACCUUUCAAAAAUGUCUUGGGGUUCAUGCAGAGGCAGCAGAACAAUUUCCCUAGACCGAUGACGGCUGGUGUGAGAUAGAGUGCAGAUUUGCGUCUAUGGGAGAGAGAUCUCUGAGCCUGAUGUGAUAGAGACAAUACGUAGGUUACUGAAUUUAUGAGUGGAAUUAUAUCAUAUUUAUUUCAAUGAGACUUGUUGCCAAAUGUAGGUCUUUUCUUUGUUGAUAGAGACGAGUCUUGUGCGAAUGUUGAACAAACAUGUUAUGAAAUUAUUUUAUUAAUAGUCUUAAUCUCGUUUUCUUCAAGAUGUGUUUGUAUUUAUCUUUGCAAACUUGCGUUAUAUUGCAGUGAUUGUUAUAACGUCUGACUAUAUAUUUUUAUGGGAACAUAAAAAAUGAUGUAUGUUACAUUAGCUGACAGUGACAUUUGUAAGAUUUAUAUUUCAUAGUAUGACUCUGAUGUUUUUACUCUUUGAAAAUUACUCCGGGCCCAAUGUAUGCAAUUGGUCAAUAUUUGUUGUUAUAAUUGUUAAUAAAAAAUUUGACCUUUA